AUGAAGACCUCGUUCCUGUCCACUGCGGCUCUUGCCAUUGCCAUCACUCGCUCGAAUGCCGCGGAAUGUGACAUGGGCGAGAUCGAGGGCAAGCUCUACUCGAACGCCACGAAGGGACUCGCCAAUUGCAAGAAUGCCACGGGCAUUGACAUUUUCUCAGUCAGCGAGUUCCCUACACUCGAGCAGGUCACAGACUUGUCGGAGAACGUCGACUGUGCCGACUACUUGAACCAGAUCAACCAGGUGGCCAACACCGAGACCCAGUGCAACGUUACGAUUGAGGGCGUCGAGAUCAACUUCGGCACACUCAUUGCUAGCUUCCUGACAGGAAAGACUGGCAACGAGUCGGACUCCGGUAGCGGCUCCAUCGAGGUCCCAAGCGCCAGCGACUCGGGCUCGGAUUCUUUUGAACCGACUGUCGUCCCGAAGUCUACUGGUUCGAAUGGCGCCACGAGCGCAUCUGCUCUUUCGUUUGUCGCCUACUGCGUUGCUGCCACCCUCGCACUGGCGUUGCAGUAG